UUUCCGUAGCCGUCUCUCCUAUUCAUCACUCAGCUCUUAUAAACCUCUCUCUCUUAUUCACUUCUGUCUUCUACUCUCAACCUCUUCCUCAUUCCAUUCCUCAUCUUCAAUGGCAGUUGUACGAGACCGCCGCCACCUCAACCUCCGUCUCCCCCUCCCAGACCUCUCAGAGCGCCGUCCCCGUUUCCCUCUCCCUCUUCCCCCCGCCUCCGCCGCCAAACCCUCCACCGCCGACGCCAUAGCCCCCAAUGACAUCGAAAAGCUCCACGUUCUCGGCCACGGCAACGGCGGCACCGUCUACAAAGUCCGCCACAAGCGCACCUCCGCCAUCUACGCCCUCAAGGUGGUCCACGCCGACUCGGACUCACUGACCCGACGCCAGGUCCGACGAGAAAUGGAUAUCCUCCGGCGAACGGAUUCCCCUCACGUGGUCCAGUGCCACGGGUUCUUCGAGAAGCCCUCCGGCGACAUCGCCAUCGUCAUGGAGUACAUGGAUUUGGGAACUCUGGACACGCUGCUCAAGAACAACGGCACCUUCUCGGAACCCCAACUGGCGACGGUGGCGCGUCAGGUGCUCAGCGGGCUCAGCUACCUCCACGCGCACAAGAUCAUACACCGCGACAUCAAGCCGUCGAACCUUCUUGUGAAGGGGAAUAUGGAGGUGAAGAUCGGGGAUUUCGGUGUGAGCAAGGUGAUGUGCCGCACACUUGACGCUUGCAAUUCAUACGUGGGAACGUGCGCUUACAUGAGCCCCGAGCGUUUCGACCCCGAUUCCUAUGGCGGGAACUAUAACGGGUAUGCGGGUGAUAUUUGGAGCCUGGGUUUGACCCUUUUCGAGCUCUACGUGGGUCACUUCCCCUUUCUUCCGAUGGGCCAGAGACCCGAUUGGGCCACCCUCAUGUGCGCUAUUUGUUUCGGGGAUCCACCGACGUUGCCGGAUGGUGCGUCGUCGGAGUUUCGGAGCUUCAUUGAGUGUUGCUUGAAGAAGGAAUCCAGCGACCGGUCGACGGCGUCUCAGCUAUUGAGCCACCCCUUCCUUCGUUGUUAAUUAAUUACCAAUUUGUAUAUUAAUAAUUACCCCUUUAAUUUCUUCUUCGGAUUCCAUUUUUGUAAAAUCAUUCCCUUUUUGUAUAUAUUCUGUUCUCUCUCAAUCAAAACAAUCUUCCUUCUUUCC